AUGCGGGUUUACUCUCUAUUAUGUAUAUGUUUUGUUGCUAAUUAUGUAUAUGGACAAGAAAAAGCUGAAGUCGAUAUACGAGUGUCUGGAGCUUGUUCUCCUGUGUAUCUUUCGCGAAAAGGAAUUGACAUCAAUAAGUACAGGCCAAGUAUUCGUUUAAAUCCCGACAAAGUUCAACUGACCCCUCGCAAUCCAGUUAUACCAGGAUGCAUUAAAAUCAAGGCUGAAGGUGUCGAAAUUACAAGACCUACAAAGAACCUGAUUGCUGAAGUGGAAAUGAGAAUUGGCGGAACUCCAGAUCCUAAUAAUCCAGCAUUGCCAUGUUCGAAGAAGAUUGAUGAGAAAGUUAAUCAGUGCCCAUGUGCGAAAUUGGAAGGAUCUUGCGUGUUUUGUGAUUUCUGCAAACAGUUAAAAUCGCAAACAAAGAUCACAGCGAGCAAGAAUUCAAAAAAUGAACACAAGUCGAUUGAUGAUGAUUGCAAAUGUGAAGAAAUGCCUCCAGGACUUUAUGACAUCGAAACAGAAAUGUGCACCCCGGAAAUUGAUGAUGUCAAAGAUUACAUUCCGCCAGAAAUCCAAAACAAUAUUUUAGAGAAGAGACCUAUAUCGAUGUUUAUUACUGUUUAUCUUAUGGAUAUGGAACCUCGUUCGUCGAAAGAAUCAUAUUUGUCAGCAUUUGGAAAAGCUAUUCUACAACGAAGGAUGGCUCAAUCAACAGUUGCUUGCUUCCUGAUGGGAAUCGACGUCAAACUUGCGCUGCCGCAAUUUGAAUGA